AUGACGCGCCAGUUUUUCGUCGGUGGGAACUUCAAGAUGAACCCUGCCACGCAGGAGCAAAAACGCGCACUCGUGAAAGUACUCAACGAGGCCACGAUCGACCCCGCGGUCGAGGUCGUGGUCGCGCCUCCGGCCAUCUACCUCCUCGCGCUGAAGGAGAUCGUCCGCAAGGAGAUCAAAGUGUCCGCGCAGAACUGCUACCUCAAGUCCUCGGGCGCAUUCACGGGCGAGAUCAGUCCCGCGCAGCUCGUGGACGCAGGCGUUCCGUAUGUGAUUCUCGGCCACUCUGAGCGCCGCACGCUGUUCCACGAGACCUCUGCGUUCGUCGCGCAGAAGACCCGCGCGGCGCUCGACACCGGGCUCUCCAUCAUCCUCUGCGUCGGCGAGACGCUCGAGGAGCGCGAGGCUGGCAAGACCGCACAGGUCGUCGAGGACCAGCUCAAGCCCGUCGUGGAGGCGCUCAAGCCGGAGGACUGGAGCAAGAUCGUGGUGGCGUACGAGCCCGUCUGGGCCAUCGGCACGGGCAAGGUCGCGACCUCCGCACAGGCGCAGGAGGCGCACGCCAACAUCCGCGCAUUCCUCUCUUCCGCGGUCUCGCCCGCGGUCGCAGAGAGCACGCGGGUAAUCUACGGCGGGAGUGUUACGGCAGCGAACUGCAAGGAGCUCGGUGUGUAUCAGGCUUCAUACAUUCGUCUGCCCGCUGUGCCAGUUAUUGGACACACCUUCGGUGUCUGUGCGCAGCUGGACGUGGACGGCUUCCUCGUCGGCGGAGCGUCGUUGAAGCCCGAGUUUGUGGACAUCAUCAACGCGAAGAAGGCAUGA